AUGCCAUAUAAAAAAGAAGACCGUGUGGAAUAUUAUGCGAAUGAAGAGAAAACUGUGACUAAGACUGGCGUUAUUAAAAGUAUUGCUGCUGAAGGAAAAUACUCAAUCAAACCCGAUGGCGAACAAAAAACAACUG